GUCUAUGGCGUCGCCGUCUUCCCCGACGGCCGGCGCGUCGUCUCCGGGUCGCACGACAAGACGGUCAAGGUCUGGGACGCGGCCACGGGCGAGUGCGUCGCGACGCUGGCCGGGCAUUCGGGUUGGGUCUCGAGCGUCGCCGUCUUCCCCGACGGCCGGCGCGUCGUCUCCGGGUCGGGCGACGGGACGGUCAAGGUGUGGGACGCGGCCACGGGCGAGUGCGUCGCGACGCUGGCCGGGCAUUCGGGGACCGUCAUGAGCGUCGCCGUCUUCCCCGACGGCCGGCGCGUCGUCUCCGGGUCGAAGGACAAGACGGUCAAGGUCUGGGACGCGGCCACGGGCGAGUGCGUCGCGACGCUGGCCGGGCAUUCGGGUUGGGUCUCGAGCGUCGCCGUCUUCCCCGACGGCCGGCGCGUCGUCUCCGGGUCGGGCGACGGGACGGUCAAGGUGUGGGACGCGGCCACGGGCGAGUGCGUCGCGACGCUGGAAGGGCAUUCGAGUGAGGUCUACGGCGUCGCCGUCUUCCCCGACGGCCGGCGCGUCGUCUCCGGGUCGGACGACGAGACGGUCAAGGUGUGGGACGCGGCCACGGGCGAGUGCGUCGCGACGCUGGCCGGGCAUUCGGUUUCCGUCUUGAGCGUCGCCGUCUUCCCCGACGGCCGGCGCGUCGUCUCCGGGUCGAAGGACAACACGGUCAAGGUCUGGGACGCGGCCACGGGCGAGUGCGUCGCGACGCUGGCCGGGCAUUCGAAUUGGGUCCGGAGCGUCGCCGUCUUCCCCGACGGCCUGCGCGUCGUCUCCGGGUCGUGGGACAAGACGGUCAAGGUGUGGGGUUGCUGA